AUGCUCCCGUCACGGCAGAAGUCUUGUCUUGCAUGCGUUCAGUCCAAGCGAAAAUGUGACAAAGGACUACCCAAAUGCCAACGCUGCCUUGCAAAGAAGACUGACUGCGAAUACCACGGCCAAUAUCCUGACCGACUGCGGCAAACUACGGGAAGAAAUGUAGACGAAAAUGUUGCCUUUGCGGAGCCCUUUGCGGAAGGACUAUCCAGUGAUUGGCAACUGCAGCGGAGUCCCGCGCUACCGUCGGCUGCAAUACUCUCGCCCCGCACGAAUGAUGCAUUCUUCAACUUCGGUAAUGAUCCAUUCAAUCUGGCAAGCAUACCUCAAGAUGAUUUCUUUAGCUCUGCUGUCAUCGAAGAUAUCGUCGCUCGGCAAAACUCGAACGGUAUCGGGCAAAUGAUAUCGGAUACAACUUCACAAGCUCGCGUGGAGUUUGUAGCAAAGAGGUUAGCUGUGGUUCCGAAGACUUUUUCCGAAUCAGGGCAAACGAUGUUCAUCCACCGUCUCUUGUUCCAAGAGAGAAGCCCUCCGGCUUUACAGGAUGCGCUCAGCGCUUGCGCUUUGUAUUGCAUGAAAAACACGGAGAAUCAGCUGCUAAUAUUUCGCAACUUGGAGCACAGACGGCAACAGCUGAUCGCCAACACCGAUCCGCUCCUCGCUUCCAAGAUGAAUCUCCUUGAGGCGCUGCAAGCGCUGAUACUAUACCAGAUAAUAAGACUGUUCGACGGUGACAUUCGCCUUAGGGCCCAAGCGGAAGCGGACGAGCCAGUUCUCAUAAUGUGGGCGGCACAACUUAGGUUACGCACGCAUCAAGUGCAGCUUUCUUCACCGGCUCCAGCGGAGGCGCGACUUCUGCCGGGAAGCACUUUUAGGGACUGGCAGCGCUGGCUGAUCGAGGAGAGCUGCCGACGGACAGUAAUAACAGCAUUUAUGUUGAAAGGAGUAUACGAAUUCUUGAAGCUCGGCUACGACACAGUUCCAGACUUGCGAAUGAGCUUCACGGCCCAAGCGGCGCUUUGGAAUUCGCAGUCAGAAAUUAGCUGGCGGAAAGCAUACAGCGAGAGGGAGCGGCUCGAAGUGCGGGUGACACAUUGGGAUGAGGCAAUAGCAAAGGCGAAGCCAGGUGAUUUAGAGGAGCUCGGUGUACUGAUAAUGGCCAUGUUAAAGGGGAUAGAGGCCACCGGGGAAUGGUUGGGGCAUACCCACUUUAUUAGAUAUGGUUUAGAGGGAGCAGGGAACAGCUCGAUUUGA